AUGUCGACAUCGAUUCUUGGUGAGAAGAUUGAAGUCCCGUUUUGUAUCGCACCAACUGGCAUGCACAAAUUUGCCCAUCCCGAAGGCGAACUGGCCACAGCAAGAGGUUGGUAUAUAUUUAAGAAAGCGGUACGUUACACACAAUGAACUCUACGGUUUCUCUGGAAAAGUGCAUUCAUAUAAAGCGCGACUACACUAAUAAUAUGAUUUUUGGUAUGUGUAAUAUUUGGGUCAUUCGAGGAAGAAAUGUAAUAUAUCUUUAUAAUAAAAAAUCUCACUUGACCAACUUUUUCACUGUCAAAGUUUCCGGAUAUGAUGUCAUUUGAUGAAUUGCAGAUUAGUUUUCCUUUGUCUUUUGUACCAAAAAUUCACCUAAUGACAUCAUAUCUAGAACUUUGACAGUGAAAAAGUUGAUCAACAUGAGUUUUUUUGCUAUGAAGAUACAUAACAUUACAUCUGGUUUUUAUAAAUGAAUGCAAAGCCCAACAGAUACGAAAUGAACACCAGGACCGUUUUUAACGAUUUCUUUUGAGAGCGAUUGUUUUUACGGUAUGUGAAUAUGAAUAUACAACCCCCAAUUGUCGCGUCUAGUUACGGCGCUGCACAAGCUUUAAGAAAAAGCAGAUUAAAGCCGUCAUGAUUAACCAAUCUUUAGGCACGCUUAUUUAGAGGGAUUCAUGAGGAAAAGACGAAGAAAAAUCAUAAACGUGUCGUAUCUUUAUAUGUGAUAGAGAUUUCCCUUGAUUCACAUAAACUUUUACUUUGUUUAUCUCGACUUACACAACGCAUUUUUUGAAAAUUACUUCGCCAAUGAACUUACUAGAUCGAUCGUUUUUGAAGCAAUUUAAAACAUUCGCAGUGCGUGUUUUAUCAGACCUAAAGAUACUCGGCUUCGCUUCGUAUAUUUAUAUCUGAUAAAACACUGCUGCUCAUGUUUUAAAUAGUACUUGUAAAAUUCAUGAAUAAUUAAUAAGGCGACAAACAAAUCACGAUGCGAUAUUUAGGUCACAUGUGCACACUUGUAAACUGCAUUAAAAGAUCAGGACUAAUUGAGAAGCAUUGGAUGUUAAUGAAAGUUAGCAAUACUAAUUUAAGUUUUCAUAGCAUGCUAAUGAAGUUUGAGAUUGUCCCCAUGGGCUGAGAAUACCAAUGAAGUAAACAACGUUACUGAUCUUUAUGGGCAUUUAACAAUGGCUAGCGCUGCGCGCUCGCCAUUGUAAAUGCCCAUAAAGAUCAGCUGCUGAUACUUUAACUAGUACUUAAAUUUCUCUUCACAGCAAGCUCUGCUAUUCGCACGUGCAUGGUGCUAAGUUGCUGGUCAACCACCAAUCUAGAAGAUGUCGCCUCAAGCGCUACUGGACUGAAAUGGUUUCAAAUAGACAUUCUUACAAAUCGAAAUGUUAUGGCAAGUCUCAUAAAGCGUGCCAAGACCGUCGGGUACAAAGCAAUCGUGUUGACUCUCGACAUGCCAGUCGUUGGCAAACGAUACAAAAAUUUCAGAUGUACGUUUACCGUCCCACCACAUCCUAAUUUGAAAGAAGCGUUGCAAUCCGAGAAUGUGUCCAUGGUCUCGCCCGAUGCUAAACAUAGACUUCACGACCCAUCGGCAACAUGGGAUACACUGGUUCCUUGGGUGAAGUCGAUGACGUCAUUACCAGUGGUGGUGAAAGGUAUACUAACCAUUGAAGAUGCGAAGUUAGCAGUGAAGUACGGUGUUGAUGGUAUCAUUGUUUCAAAUCAUGGUGGACGACAGUUAGACUGUGUUCCAGCGACGGUAAAAACACAUUUUCGUAUUCUGAUCCUACUCGCGUUCGGCACAUCCUAUCCAUCCAAAAUUCAUGCAGUCUUUGACAAAUCACAUUGCUUAUUGUUGAUCACGUAACAAUAGUUGAACCCUUGUAAAUUCACUUCUUCAAUGGGCGACUCCAGCUAUAGACUAAAUUUUGAUCAAGGCAAGAAGAACGAAAUUCAACAUCACAGCUAGAAAGAGCGUCUUAGAAUGAGAAAAACUGCAAAGAUUGGUUGCUAAAUGUUGUGAAAUAAAGAAAAUAUAGCCCUGUACAAUUCGCAAAUUUUGUAUAUAUUUGCAUUACGCGCGGUAAAACAAUAUUGGGAACACCAUAUUGAUAUGAUUAUUAAAUUAAGAAAGUUAAUGCAGGCAUUCAGGCCUUAAAAUAUCUUUUACAGUGCCGUCUGACAAAAUGUCCGAUGACUUUUAGUUUGGGUCGGACAUAUAUAAGAUGAUGUCCGAUGACCUUCAGUUUAGUUUGGCUCGGAAAUGAGUCUGAAUGACACAAAUUAAUAUCAGCACAAUGUAUUAUUAUUAAUUCUGAACUAAAUAUUGUGAAGAUUUUCAAUAAUUUGUGUCAUUCGUACUUAUUUCCAAGCCAGGAUUAACUUGCUUGCCAAUAAUAGGAGUGCGACUUCGACAAUUUAAGCCCGUUUUCCACUGCGCCAUUUCGCCGCUGCCCCGCGCUCAAUGACAUUAUUAUUAAAAACAACAUUUUCCGGUUCAUUUUUAUACAAUACUCUGGUUCUCCAUUUAUAACAUACCAGCCUCUAGUCUUGGACUAGGGUACAUUUUGAUUUACGUGCGUGGAGAAAGCGUCGGACAAAGCUACAGUUCGGUCGGACACAAUACAUGCGGGUCGGACAAAGAAUAAACCUCAGUUUCACUUAGGUCGGACAGAAUGUCCGGGGUUUCCUCUCUACGUUGGACAAUCUGACGAAUGGUCGGACAAUGUCCGUGACCGACCGAUAUUUUAAGACCUGAGCAUUGCAGUAAUUAAACGAAUGAAAACCUGUGUUCCUCAGGAAUUCUUACAAACAGUUUACAACGCCUUAAAACAGGUCUAUUUUAACUACUGCUGUCAAUUGUGGGAUACCUGUGGAAUCGUCUUAAAGGAAAAACUACAAAAAUGUCAAUUCCGAGCUGCUAGAGUAAUAACAGGAGCAUCUUAUGAUAUUAGGUCGGCCGAUGUUCUUGCAACUUUGGGGUGGCAAACUCUUGACAAUAGACGAAAAUACUUGAAAUCCAUUUUUAUUUACAAAAUCUUAAAUAAUGAAACUGCAAUUAUAAACCAAUUAUACACCAAUUAAGAAAUUCUCAAACAGAUCUGGUACUUCCAUUCCCAAAAUCAGAAUUUAAGAAAAAGUCCUUCAGUUAUAGUGUAGCAACUCUUUGGAAUAACUUAUCAAUUACUGCAAAACAAUCCAGUUCUAUGAGUUGUUUCAAAAGACUAAUGAAGCUACAUUUUCGAAAGCGAUAAUUAUGUAAAUAGUCGCAACCAGACAUUGCAAUUUUACUCAUUUUAUGGUGCUCUUUCCAGCUAUACUGUUAAAAAUGUGUGUGAUACUAUUAAAAAUUUCAAAUAUCCAGGUUCUGUAGUCGCGUCUUGAAAACAGAAUUUUCUCUCUUUUAGAUAGAAGUCCUACCUCAAAUUGUUUCAGCCGUCGGUGACGAUAUCGAAGUCUAUGUGGAUGGCGGUGUGAGAUUUGGUUCGGAUAUUUUCAAAGCUUUGGCUUUGGGAGCGAGAGCAGUGUUUGUAGGAAGGCCUAUCUUAUGGGGUCUGGCCUAUCAG